UCCAGUCGUCCUGUUUGCUUGGAUGCGUAGAAUUGGGUUUGAACACAAACCCUUCAACCUCAAAAUUCCAAACCUUUUUUUAUUUCUUUUCUUCUCAACCAAUCCAACACAUUUUCCCCAUUUCCUCUCCGGUCUCCACCCCCAGAUCCGUUGUGUCUUUUUUUUUUCAGACAGCCGAAGGCAUAAAAAACCAAAGUCAAUAAUCAGACGACAGGCAACAGACAACAGACAACGGACAACCUCAUUCCAACCCAUCUCCUUCCUGGUUGGCCAACACCAUCGUCACAUUUCACAGAGAGAGAGAGAGAGAGAGGUAUAUUGGUGAAUGGACGAGGUGAUCACUGUAGCGGACGCGACCCGAACGACGUCGUCAGCGACAGCAACACCAACGUCCUUGCUACCUUCGAACCUGCCUCUCCUCUCGGCCCUCCUCGCCUGCGCUCUCGCCCAGUUUCUCAAGCUCUUCACCACCUGGUAUAAAGAAAAGAGAUGGGAUUCUAAAAGGAUGCUUGAUUCUGGUGGAAUGCCUUCAUCGCAUUCCGCAACUGUGACGGCUCUAGCAGUGGCUAUAGGCCUACUGGAAGGAACGGGAGGACCGGCUUUUGCCAUUGCAGUGGUCUUGGCAUGUGUUGUGAUGUAUGAUGCCUCAGGGGUCAGACUUCACGCCGGUCGCCAAGCUGAAUUGCUGAAUCAAAUUGUGUGUGAGCUUCCUACAGAACAUCCUUUAUCCAACAUAAGACCACUACGUGAUUCACUUGGGCAUACUCCACUUCAGGUUGUUGCUGGGGCUGUGUUGGGAUGCAUAGUAGCGUAUCUGAUGAGAAACUCUAAGUAGUAUAUCAGAUGACCAAUAAUGUUUCUUCCGUGUCACAUUGGAUACGUGUAAACUACAUACUUGUAAUGUGGAUACUCUUAUAAUGCAACUACCAUUCUUGGGCUCCUAUUCAGCUA